AUGGACGUUAAAGAAUUAUGGUACAGUUUAAGAGGUCAGUCUGUGGACCCACAUAGGUUAGAAUUAUUAACUGAUGAUAGGGGUGUCAUGCAUAUGUUGAGCAUUGCUAGGUUAAAUGAUGAAGUUCAUUUGUAUGUGGUUCAUAAUAUGAUGGAACCAGAAAUAAUAGAAAUGAUUGAUUUGGUUGGUGGUCAUCUUGAUGAUGAAGGUGAUGUUGCAACACAAGUGGAGGAGGUUGAGGUUGUUGGUGAUGGUGAAGUUCAAACAGAAAUGGUGGAGGGUGAGGGUGAGGGUGAGGGUGAGGGUGAUGGUGAGGUCCACACUGAAGUUGAAACAGAAAUGGUGGAGGGUGAGGGGGAUGCCCAUGAGGGUGAUGGUGAGGUCCAUACUGAACUUGGAAAAGAAAUGGUGGAGGGUGAGGGUGAUGCCCAUGAGGAUGAUGGUGAGGUCCAUACUGAACUUGGAACAAAAAUGGUGGAGGGUGAGGGUAAUGCCCAUGAGGGUGAUGUUGAGUUCCAUACUGAAGUUGGAAUAGAAAUUGUGGAGGGUGAGGGUGAUGCCCAUGAGGGUGAUGGUGAUGAUGGUGAGGUCCAUCAGGUUGAGGAUGGUGAGGUUCAUCAUGUAGGGGAAGCUGAGGUACAUGAGGUACAUGAUUUUGAGCUAGAGGAUUUAGGAGAGGAUGAUGAUGUAGAGGACAACGAGGGUGAGGAUGUCCAUGAGGCAGAGACUGAGGACAAAGAUGUAGAUGAUGAAGAAGUUGAUGUUAGUGAAGAAAGUCUAAUUGAUGUCAGCGUCCAGUGUGACAUUGGGACUUCUAAAGAAAAUGUGAGACAAGAACCUUCCAGUCCAGUAGUUGAGUCUUCAUGGUCAACAGAUAAUGUUUGUAUUCAUGAUGUCCGUGGGUUGUCUAACAAUGAGUGGCUAUUAGAGGAGUUGAUUAGUGAAGCAGAUAGUGAGGACGAUGAUGGGUCCACUAAGAUAAGGUUUCCCACUUUUAGUAUGCCUAAAAGUUUGGAGGCUUAUAAAUGGGAAGUACGAACCUAUUUCACUGAGAAAAAAGGAAUUCACAGAUGCCAUUAG